CCUCCCCGGUGUCGGUUCUCUCCACUGUCCUCCUGCCUCAUCCGUGUUGGCUCUGGAAGCCUCGAAAGAACGCCUUGAUUACCCCGAGUCCGACUGAUCGAUCUCAUCCGACGUGCCCACCAUGCGAGCCGCUCGUCUUUCGUUCCUCCUCUACUCCUUGUCCCUCGUGGCUGUCGUCGCUGGCCAGAGCGCUGCAGUCACGAGUGUAGGCAACGCCGUCACCUCUGCCGCUGCCGCCGCUACCACAGAGGCCCCUUCUACCACAUCCAGUGAAUCAUCCUCGACGUCUGAGUCCUCUACCUCGACUUCGGAGAGCACUUCGACCACCAGUGAACCUACAACUACGUCGUCUACUUCGGAAGAGACUACUUCCACUACCAACAAGCAACCCCAACAAACCACCCAAGCGCAACAGACAACAUCAUCCAAUAACAACAACAACAAUGCGCAGACAACUGCAGUCACUACAACGGACAAGAACGGCAAGACCACCGUCGAAAGCACUACCCAGCAGACCACCGCAACCCCGGUUGUGCAGACGGUCACGACUAUCGAGACCAUCAGCGGAACCCCCGUCCAAACUACUCUCACCACUACGUCGACUCCCGCCAGUGCUGACUCCACGGGCAGUCCUGGUCUGAGCGGCACUUCGUCUGAUAACUCCAACAGCAGCUCUGGUCUCUCGUCCUCUCAGAAGAAGAUCAUCAUUGGUGUCGUCGUCGGUGUGGGUGGUGCAAUCAUCGUCGGUGCCCUUGCCGUUGUUGGCUGGAGGAUCCACGCUCGCAAGGCUGCGCAAGACAACGAUGAGGCUGCUGAUCUCAUGAGCGGCACGGCAGUCGGUGCGGGUGCUCGCGAGAAGGCGCCCAGCCCGGGUGCUGGUGGCACGCCCUUCAAGACCACGCUUGACCAGUAUCACAACCCUGGACCUGUCAACGCUGCAUCAAACUUCUAAGCCGACCCGGCAUCUUGUCCAUGAUACGAACACAUCACCCUUUUCCAAUGUUUAUACUGCGGUAACGAACAGGGAAGGCAUAUGGUCUGGUCUGAUACCGUUCUUGAGACUGUAAAUUUGUACGAUUAUGACGCAGUUAUUGUUGGCGCUUGUGGAGAGGAAAUCCUCUGAUUUGUUGUUUCUUCACUGCUAUCUUGGGUUGUUUGCUUUGCAUUCAAGAAGCUACCGCUCUUUUCUCGCUCUGAUAGACCAUACG